CUCGGGGUUAGCGGUGCUCGGGUCCAGGAACAACAUGGCGGCGUCCGUGAGGGCUAGUCUUGGAAUUAGACAUUUGUUGGUGUGGUUGUUUUGCAGGACACUAAGCAAGUGAAGUUUCCCCCGACUACUCAGGUUAAGAAAUUGUGUACCUACAAGCGGACACCUUCAGUGGUCGGCUGUUCGCUCGCAUCCCGCCCCCAAGGAGCAGAGUCCGGAAAAGUGACCAGGAUGAGCAAUAUCUACAUACAGGAGCCGCCUACGAAUGGGAAGGUUUUAUUGAAGACUACAGCUGGAGAUAUUGACAUAGAGUUGUGGUCAAAAGAAGCUCCUAAAGCUUGCAGAAAUUUCAUUCAGCUUUGCUUGGAAGCCUACUAUGACAACACCAUUUUUCACAGAGUUGUACCUGGUUUCAUAGUCCAAGGUGGUGAUCCCACUGGCACAGGAACUGGUGGAGAAUCAAUCUUUGGAGCUCCAUUCAAGGAUGAAUUUCACUCACGGUUGCGUUUUAAUCGGAGAGGACUGGUUGCCAUGGCAAAUGCUGGUCCACAUGAUAAUGGCAGCCAGUUUUUCUUUACACUGGGUCGAGCAGAUGAACUUAACAAUAAACACACCAUCUUUGGAAAGGUUACAGGGGAUACAGUAUACAACAUGCUGCGGCUGACAGAAGUGGACAUUGAUGGUGAAGAAAGACCCCGCAACCCACAUAAGAUCAAAAGCUCUGAGGUUUUGUUUAAUCCUUUUGAUGACAUCAUUCCAAGAGAAAUUAAAAAGCUCAAAAAAGAGAAACCAGAGGAAGAAGUCAAGAAAUUGAAACCCAAAGGCACAAAAAAUUUUAAUCUGCUUUCUUUUGGAGAAGAAGCAGAGGAAGAAGAGGAGGAAGUAAAUCGAGUUAGUCAGAGCAUGAAGGGGAAAAGCAAAAGCAGUCACGACCUGCUAAAGGAUGAUCCACAUCUGAGCUCCAUUCCAGCGGUCGAAAGUGAAAAGGAUGAUGCAACAAGAAAUUUGGAAGAUGAUGGAGAAGAUGAAGGUACAGAGCAUGAUGAGUACAGUGAUGGUGAUGAGAAGAACCUGGUGAGAGAAAGAAUUGCAAAAAAGUUAAAGAAGGAUCCAGGUGCAAAUAUGAAGUCAGCCAGAGAGGGAGAAGCAGAGAAGAAGCCAAGCCGCAGCGAAGAGCUCAGAAAAGAAGCAAGACAAUUAAAGCGGGAACUCCUGGCAGCAAAACAGAAAAAAGAAACUGCAGCAAAGACAGAGAAAGGAGAUGAAGAAGAAGAAGCUGCCCCUGAUGGUGCUGUUGCAGAAUACAGACGAGAAAAGCAAAAAUAUGAAGCUUUGAGGAAGCAACAGCCAAAGAAAGGAACUUCCCGAGAAGAUCAGACUCUUGCGCUGCUGAACCAGUUUAAGUCUAAACUCACUCAAGCUAUUACGGAAACUCCUGAAAAUGACCUUUCUGAAGCAGAAGUGGAAGAUGAUGAAGGAUGGAUGACACAUGUGCUCCAGUUCGAAGAUAAAACCAGAAAAGUGAAAGAUGCAAGCAUGCAAGACUCAGACACGUUUGAGAUCUAUGAUCCUCGGAAUCCAGUGAAUAAAAGGAGAAGGGAGGAGAGCAAAAAGCUGAUGAGAGAGAGAAAAGAACGAAGAUAAGGGAACAGUACUGAGAACGAGAGCAUGCUGGAAGUGUGCCUCCCACCAGUGGCCACUGUCCUCUACAGCGUCCUGCAGGGGGGCUGUGAAAGGUAUUUUUGAACCUGUUAUCUGGUUUUUGGAAAACAGUGAUUUUUGUUUCACAAGUUGUGGAAUGAUAUAAACAAAUGCUUUUGGUUACUGAUAAGAGUUCCCUAAUUUACCUUUUAUAUUGCUAAAUCUGAAAUAAAAUAAGUUUCCAGUUUAGAUGUUAA